GUCGCAAUUUAGGUUCGGUAUGUAUCUCGACAGUAACUCGAGUUCCGUGAAGUCACCAACUGAAACAGGUUGAGCUGCACGUGACAAGGAGGAAAAUUGAAGUCCAGUCCUUUUGAUUCAGAACAUCAAGAUGGGGCGGAACGCAAAGCUUCACAAACGCAUCAAAAAGAAGACACCUGUAUCAUCUGCACCACACCCUUCAUCCGCCGGAUCUCUCAGUACUGCCAGUGCACAUGCGGUAUCAUCGCACGUACAAGCUGCAAAGAAACGCGCAGAUCUCAAAUCAAAGUCAAAGCCAAAACCGUCAUCAAGCAAGGCCACAGGAGACCAUGUACUCGGAGGCGCGGACUAUGUGACAUUACUUAUGGGCGGCCGGAAGAAAGCUGCGGAGGAAGCUUUGAAGCUACCAAAAGAUUGAUCAGAAACCUACACGAGGUUAUGAGUCUAUUAUUGAUUAAGCCUCAUGCAAAUACCGAGACAGACGUAUUGCGGUCUCCGAACAGGAUUGUUUGCAUGACAGCUCUCUGCAUUCAUGGAGCACUUUCGGGAGAUGAUUCGGACCUAUCGGGUCGCUAUACCGUUCGUGGCCCAUCACGGGACGCCUACAUGUCGCUGUGAUGAGUAUCAUUUUAUUGUAUCAGUAUAUGAAUUUCAACGACAGAGGAUGCAAACUUAGACCGUAGUACGCAAAUCACACAUCACGAUUUACCACAAUGUUGCAUGUCUACGAUCCAAUGGAAGCCGAAUCACCAAUUCCAUGCUAAGGAUUCUCGGUUUCGAUCGACAGGGGAUACUCUCAGUACCUGAGUCCCAGGUUCC